CUAGAAGAAACAUCACGCAAGUAUGUAGCUGAGCUAGCUCAAAGGAGCUUGGUGCAGGUUACCAGCAGAAGCAUGGCACAUCGAUGGAUUGAGAAAAUAAGGGUUCAUGAUAUUUUACGUGAUUGGUCCUUAGAAGAGGCAAGACAGGACAGAUUUCUUGAUGUCAUCGAUAAAACUUCAGGCCAAUUUGGGGCACCAUUAACUGAUAUCAUGGUAUCAUAUCAUUCUUCUUAUCAAGGCUUCAGUGGUCAGAAUUUACAGGCAAGACCUAAUCUCAGAGCCCUAACUGGCUUUCGACUUCAAUCAAUAUCCCUCCCUAAACUCAGGUUUCUUCGAGUUCUUCACAUUGAGAACUCAAGCCUACAGAAUUUCUCUAAGGCAAUUGGUGAGUGUAUUCACCUAAGAUGCCUCAUGCUGAGAAAGUGUGGACAUGUGACGACCCUGCCUUCAUCAAUUGGACAACUCCUUUACUUGCAAACUAUUGAUACAAGGGGCACUGAUAUUGGACUAGUACCAAGCUCUGUCUGGGGUAUCCCUUCUCUAAGGCAUGUUUACCUUGAUAAUUAUAUUUCUCCACCAUGGGGUGUGGAACAAAAAGAGUUGCAGACUUUGUGGUUAGAUUUUCCACAUAGUCGCCAUUUGUACUACAAUCUUGACAUGUUGAGGUUUUUGGGCCAAAUGACUCAACUAACAACCAUGAUGUUAGGAACAAACCGACCUAUUCCUGAGGAAAUGAUGAAUAUACUUGCAGACAAGCCUCGCUUGGUUGAUGUUGUACUCGAUGGUUUUUCUGAGCUUGAUAGAUGGCCUGAGAGUCAUUACUUCCCACAAGGCCUGCGAAGUUUCAGUUUAACUGCUGGUGCCAUGAAACAAGACCCAAUGCCGAUAUUGGAGAAGCUCCCAUGUCUUGUGGUGCUGAAGUUGAGUGGGUACAUUGGCCGAACCAUGUCAUGCUCUGCCGGUGGGUUUCCUCGUAUGCAGAACUUACAGCUUAUUGAUUUUCGAACAGAGGAGUGGAAGAUAGAGGCCGGGGCCAUGCCAAAGCUCUCCCACCUGAUACUCAAGAGGUUCUUUAUGAUGAGAAAACUUCCUGAGGGAUUGUUGCACCUUCAGUCCCUCAAUUACCUGGAACUAGAAUUUAUGCCCUUUAUUUCUGUUGGACAUGACAGCACAUUGAAGGAGUUGCAGCAGAAAGGAUGCAAGGUAACCUCCCUCACCCUCUUGUUCUCGUUAAGUUUAUUUUAUUUGAUUUUGCUGUGCUACCCGCGUUCGUUGCAACGAGGGAUCGAGAUGUUUGUAAUUUUUGUUUUGUUUAACUUGCUUGCGGUUUUGUUCUCUAUCUUUCCCAGCUGCAUUGUAUUGUCUGGAAUGAUAUUCUCUUGCGUGUUUUUGCAGGUGACUAAGGAUGGAGAUCCGGAUCUAAACUAACCUUGCUGCCUACGAUGUUGACCUCUAUUUCUGAUUUCUGUAUUGCCCUGCCUUACAAGUUCAUCUAUUUCUUUCUUGGCCCCAUCUUGAGCAGAACACUCACUAUUAUCAACUCUUCUCUAAUGUGUGUCUGUCUAAACCAGGCUUUGAGAGGAUAAUAUGUACUCCCUCCGUUCCGAAUUAGUUGACUCAGAUUUGUCUAAAAAGGGAUGUAUCUAAACGUGUCCAGAUACAUCCGUAUCUAGACAAAUCUAAGACAACUAAUUUGGGAUGGAGGGAGUAUGUUGUAUGCUCAUGUCGAAUGAUUUGUUUGUACGGUGGUUUAUGAUACUCUGUUGGGGCUGAGCAUACCCACACUCUAUCAUGCUCGCGCUAGCGACUACGCCAUCAUUGUGCACGUAGCACCCUAGCGCCCCUACUUGUAUUC